ACCGAUUCGAUGCCCGGGUCAGAAAUUGCCACCGUAUUGUCUACGGUUCCGGCCAGCGCUUUAACAAAUGCCCAGGUUAACCCCAUGUUAUGUACAAGAUAUAUUGCAAUACAUAAGCCAUUGACCGCCACUACCAUCAUGAAUCGGCCAUGUUUAGUGAAUAGCAGCGUCACCCCAAUUUCUUCCCAGAUAUCAUCCAUGCAAUUACUUUGGGCAGCGCCGAACGUAGCGAGACGUACUGCAAUCCUUUCCAAGCACAUUCUCCACCAUGCCACCACACGAAAAGAGAACGGCUUCCUGCUCCCCAUCGUCAUCGAGAGAGGACGCUCUCGAGAGUCAGAUUGAUAACUCGUCGAAGUUCCAUCCACGGCCAUCACUACGCUCGAGGGCAUGGUGCCAUCUCAAUGAAACUGUCCGAGCCUCCAUCCUCGUCGAGGUCGAGCUCCUCAUCCUCACCUUCUGUAUUGGCCUUCAAGGCAAGCAACCCGCCCUGUCUCUCCUUACUCUGGAAGUUGCUGACACACGACCCUUCCUUUCCAGACGCCGUCUCCUUCCCCGACUUUCACUGCUUCGCGUCGAACCAAACCGGCAACACCGUCUUCCUGAUGCUCGCCAUCGUCCUCCCCGAAGCCAACGGCGUCAUGUUCUACACGGCCAACAUCGCUGUCGCCCUGGGUUUCUUCCUGGCCGCCGCCUGGCUGACCGGUCAGCUCGGCCACAUCAUCGGCGCCCGCCGCCGCAGCUGGCUGGUCUUCUGCAACCUGGUCCAGACCUGCCUCGUCUCCGCGGCGGCGGCGCUGCAGUACACCCACAGCUCGUCCCAGCACGGCGGCGGCGGCGGCCCCCUGGUGCUCGACACGGGCGCGCCCACCGCCAGCACCCUGUGGUCGAUCGGCCUGCUGGCGUUCGCGGCGGGCAGCCAGGUGGUGCAGGCGCGGGCGUUCCGCAUGACCGAGAUCACGACGGCGAUGGCGACGGCGGCGUGGGUGGACCUCCUCAUCGACCGGGAGCUCCUCGCCCUGCGCAACCGCGGCCGCAACCGCCGAAUCGGCUUCCUGGUCGCGCUGGUGCUCGGCACGCUGGCCGGAGCCUUCGUCUUCCGCAGGCUCGGGUCCCCGGCCGCGCUGGCCAUCUCGGCGGCGGGGAAGCUGCUGGUCACCGUCAUGUACCUGUUCAAUCCGGCCGACCGGCCGAAGGCGGAGAGCCCCGAGGACUCUGCAUGAUCGGGGCCCGGAUGGUGCUCAACUUCUUUUAUUUUUUUUUCAGCUUUUGUCUCCUUCAAUCUGUGACUUCCUGCAUCAGCUCUAGAAACCUAGAUAGCGCGGCGUUCUUGGAUAGGGAGGGAAUCAAUUAUACCAGGGAAAGCUCAAGGGCGCAUGCUGCAUGACACGGGAUCUGCGAGGUUUCAAACAAUGGCGGUCGGGACGGACUGCUGAAAAAGGGUCAAGAAGCAAUGAAGGACGACUCUCUGAAUGUUGGCGUCGAU